GCAGGAGUGUACAUGUUAUGAUAUAAAAAUGUCGGUUAUCUUGCGAAGAAUCCUCCCUCCCGCACUAAGAUCCCUGAGUUCUACUUUGAGUUCUGUGCCCUCCAACGUUGACCCCAACUCUAGCGUAGCCAGGACAACUAGAGGAAACUAUGAUUUGGAGAACCCUGCCAACGUCACAUCUCGUCUUCCCACUCAAGCUAACAGUGCGGGAGAGUUUGCAGUAACAAGUAUCGAUCAUCUGUUCAACUGGGGCCGGAAAUCCUCCUUGUGGCCACUUACAUUCGGUCUGGCUUGUUGCGCUGUGGAGAUGAUGCACUCUGCAGCUGCGCGGUACGAUUUCGACAAGUUCGGUAUCGUGUUCAGAGCCAGUCCUAGGCAGGCAGAUGUGCUCAUUGUAGCAGGAACUUUAACCAACAAGAUGGCUCCAGCCAUGCGAAGAGUUUACGACCAGAUGCCUGAACCAAAGUGGGUAAUCUCAAUGGGCUCGUGCGCUAACGGUGGGGGCUACUACCACUACUCAUACUCCGUUGUAAGGGGUUGCGACAGGAUCGUCCCUGUGGAUAUCUACGUGCCAGGGUGCCCACCCACUGCAGAAGCGUUACUGUACGGAUUCUUGCAGCUUCAGAAGAAGGUGCAGGCUGAGAGACGUACACUUCAUUUCUACAGGAGGGCCUAAGUGAUGGAGAAGGAACUUUAAUUUAUAUUUCAAAUGUGUACAGCUCUUGGAGGUGAAUAAACCCAGAUUAAAUCUGAAAUGAACUGAUAAAGAGUAAGUAAGAUAUUGAGUGUUGUCUCCUGUGGCCCGACCCACUAUGCCAGUGUGACCCCCGGUAAAUUGUUGAAGUUUAGGAUUGAACUUUUUGAUUAACUUGUUAACUUAAGGGCUUAUCUAUUGAGUUCAUUGAGCAAUAAAUCACUGCAAUAUCAAGGAAAAACUUAGAAUUUGCUUCGCCAGACAUCAUGUUCAUUUAAUGUGAGUUGCACUACAAUUAAUUUUGGUUUUUGUAAAUAAUUUUCAAAAUA